GUGCAUUAUACUGGGUCGCUUUACCCUUCAGGAGAAGUGUUUGAUUCAAGUCUGGAUAGAGAUGAGCCUAUUCAGAUUCGUUUGGGCCAAGGAAUGGUGAUCAAAGGAUGGGAUGUUGGUCUUGCCACCAUGAGAGUGGGCGAAAAAGCUUCGCUGUUGAUUUACCCUGAAUAUGGAUAUGGACCUCAAGGCAGCCCACCAAAAAUUCCAGGAAAUUCAACACUCUUGUUUGAUGUCGAACUUGUAUCUGCAGAUUUGUCAACUGCAGACAAAACCACGGACGAAAAGAUUGCUGCAGCAACCCUUCACAAAGACGAAGGCAACAACUAUUUUAAGCAUAGCGAGUUUGCGCUUGCAAAGGAGUGCUAUCUUUCUGCUCUGAAGCUAUUCAAAAACACACGAGAUACGAUCUCUGCAGAGCAUGAUACGAUCAAGCAGCUGCAAAUCACUUUGAAUUGUAAUUUGGCAGCUGUUUAUCUAAAACUAAAGGAUUUUAGUGCUGCCGUUGACUGCUGUCAGAAAGUCAAAAGCAUGGAUAUGACCAAUGCCAAGGCAACGUAUCGACUAUCUCAAGCAUACACUGGACAGGGACAGUUUGAUGAUGCUGUAAACAUGCUUCAAAGCCAUCGCGAUGUAAGUGGACUAUGA